AUGGCGGCAGUUUACAAGGCAGUCAACAAGAAGAAGGCCCGGCAAUCCGUCGAGGAGGAUGCCGACAGCGAGAUGGACAUGGGCAUGGAGGAGCUUCUUAACGAUGCCGACGAUACCACCGACAGCGAAGAGGAUGAGGAUGAGGAGGACCGUAUCACUGCAGCCAAGAAGAUGCUUGCUCAAGGCUUCAUGCCCAAGACCCGAGUUCUGAUCUUGACAUCGCGUGGUGUCACACAUCGCCACCGACACAUGAUGGCUGAUCUCUGCGCACUCCUCCCUCACACUCACAAAGAAACUAAGCUUGAUACCAAGAAAAAGACCGCAGGUUACAACCUCAUGCUUAAUUCCCUUGCCGAUCUCCACUCCUGCAACAUGAUUUUCUUCCUCGAGGCCCGCAAGAACGGCCAGGAUCUUUACCUUUGGCUCUCCCGCCCACCUAACGGCCCUACUAUCAAGUUCCACCUUAACAACUUGCACACUAUGGGUGAACUAGGUGCUGGAUUCGCUGGUAACUGCCUGAAGGGCGGGCGAGGAAUUGUGGUCUUCGACCGAUCAUUCGAUGAGCAAGGUCCCGACAUGGGCGUUGCUGGUACCGAGUACCGUGCGCUUGUUCGUGAGAUGCUGCGCGGUGUUUUCUGUGUUCCUAAGCGUGGUGUUAAGGGCAUGAAGCCAUUUGUUGACCGUAUCAUUGGUAUCUUCGGUGUGGAUGGCAAGAUUUGGAUUCGUGUUUAUGAGAUCCGUGAAUCCGACGGCACCGACAAGAAGGACGAUGAGACUGUCAAGCCUUCCCCCAAGGACAAGAAUAGUCUGCCUGAUGUUUCUUUGGUGGAGAUUGGCCCACGCUUUGUUCUCACACCCAUUGUUAUUCUGGAGGGUAGCUUCGGUGGCCCAGUCAUUUACGAGAACAAGGAGUAUGUUAGCCCGAACCAGGUCCGUCGCGAGAUUCGCAUGGGCAAGGCCGGUCGCUAUGCUGCACGCCGGGACGUGCAGACAGAUCGGGAGGCCAAGCGGACGGGUCUGGGUCUUACCGACAACUCUUCGCAGAAGGUGGAUGCUUUGGCCACAAGGAAGCUGUUCGGUUAA